UGUCCCGAUUCUAAUUUUGAUUUUUCAAUCCUUCUGCUCGCAACUCCAAAAAUGGUUGCCGUCUUCUACCUCUUUCCCUAAAACCUUCGAUCUCUGUCUCUCUCUCUAGAGCAAGCAAUGCUCUCUCUCUCCCCCACCACUACCCCCAAACCCUCGGGCCUCUUCUACUUCACCGCACCAUCCACAAUACCCUUAUACCCCAAAACCCUAAAACCCCCAACAAGACGCACCCAUAAGCCCUUCUCCGCCACACCUCGUGCCCUUCUCCAAUACAACAGAAAGCCCCAAUUAUCCGGAGAGACCCCCCGCGUCGUGGUGAUCACCUCUGGCAAAGGCGGCGUCGGCAAGACCACCACCACCGCUAAUGUAGGUCUCUCCCUUGCCCGCCUUGGCUUCUCCGUCGUCGCCAUCGACGCCGAUGUCGGUCUCCGAAACCUGGACCUCCUCCUCGGCCUCGAGAACCGCGUCAACUACACCGUCGUAGAGGUCCUCAACGGAGAUUGCCGCCUCGACCAGGCCCUCGUCCGAGACAAGCGCUGGUCCAACUUCGAACUUCUCUGCAUUUCCAAGCCCCGCUCCAAACUUCCCAUUGGUUUUGGCGGAAAGGCCUUGGUUUGGGUCGUGGACGCCUUGAAAGCUCGCCAAGAGGGCUCCCCAGAUUUCAUUCUCAUUGAUUGUCCUGCCGGCAUCGAUGCUGGGUUUAUAACCGCCAUCACUCCGGCCAAUGAGGCUGUCCUCGUUACCACGCCGGACAUUACGAGCCUGCGAGACGCCGAUAGGGUCACGGGGCUGUUGGAAUGCGAUGGAAUUAGGGACAUAAAGAUGAUAGUGAAUCGGGUUCGAACCGAUAUGAUCAAAGGCGAGGACAUGAUGUCAGUGCUUGAUGUGCAGGAGAUGUUGGGUUUGGCAUUAUUGGGGGUUAUUCCGGAGGACUCGGAGGUUAUAAGGAGCACCAAUAGAGGGUACCCGCUUGUAUUGAAUAAGCCACCCACAUUGGCUGGAUUGGCUUUCGAGCAGGCGGCUUGGAGGCUUGUUGAGCAGGAUAGCAUGAAAGCUGUGAUGGUGGAGGAGGAGCCAAAGAAGCGCGGCUUUUUCUCCUUUUUUGGAAGGUAGAUAUCAAAUCCGUGUCUGAAGUUUGAGCUUAUAAAUAUUUUGCUUGAAGCAGGUAGUUGUUUCAGGAGUUUGGGAAAGUGAGAACUAGCCGUGUACAGUGGGUUCGGUAAAGUUGUUCUCUUUCUUUAUUUUGAUUAUCUAUUAUUGUUAGAUUUUUAGUAGUGUCGUGUUGGUUUUAGGAGUUGUGUUUGUAAUUUUUACUUAAGAUCUGUUGACUGGUAGUUGGAGCUUUCAGUAUGAAAACUUGCCUUGUCAAGUAUGAAUUUUCUGUAUUGUCUUGUGAUCGCUUUGAAAUGGGGGAAUUUACGCCUAAUUUUGGGGUAUCAUUAUUAUUUGAACUUA